CGUGGGUUUGGGGGACGUGGAAGGGUAGUCGUGAGGGACAAUUUUUUUAGUAAGUAAUCCUUGUCGCCUUACGGGAGAAGGCUGCGAAUGGGAUGAUUCAUGCGAAGGGUGUGCGAGUGGAAGCCGGCCGGAGAGAGAAGUGUAUGCGUCCCUCGGCAGUGAAGCAUUUGCUUACGGCAGGUCAAUCCUUUGAACAGAUGGAUAAUGGAGACUGGGGGUACAUGAUGACUGAUCCGGUCACACUUAACGUAGGCGGCCAUGUCUACACUACCUCGCUCUCCACCCUGACACGUUAUCCAGACUCCAUGCUGGGGGCCAUGUUCCGGGGGGAUUUCCCCACAGCUCGGGACUCCCAGGGGAACUACUUCAUUGACCGAGACGGAGCCCUUUUCCGGUACAUCCUAAACUUCUUACGGACAUCGGAACUGACUUUGCCGGUCGACUUUAAAGAGUUCGAUUUGCUUCGCAAAGAAGCCGAUUUUUACCAGAUUGAGCCUUUGAUACAAUGUCUCAACGACCCCAAACCCUUGUACCCCACGGACACCUUUGAGGAAGUAGUGGAACUGUCCAGCACCAGGAAGCUCUCCAAGUAUUCCAACCCGGUGGCGGUCAUCAUAACGCAGCUCACCAUCACCACCAAGGUGCACGCCCUGCUGGAAGGAAUCGCCAACCAUUUCACCAAGUGGAACAAACACAUGAUGGACACGCGGGACUGCCAGGUCUCCUUCACGUUCGGACCGUGCGAUUACCACCAGGAGGUUGCCCUCCGCGUGCAUCUCAUGGAAUACAUCACCAAGCAAGGCUUCACCAUCCGGAAUACCCGGGUGCACCACAUGAGCGAGCGCGCCAACGAAAACACCGUCGAGCACAACUGGACUUUCUGCCGACUGGCUCGUAAGACGGACGACUGAUGCCUGUGGCGCCGUGGCCAACCUGGACGAGGGAACGCAGGAGAUGCAGUGUUACCUUGUGACUUUGUGCGCUGUUUUUUGUUUUAUUUUCUAUUUGUACGACUAUUUAUUAACAGCCAAUCUGAUUGAAUCGUUCGCAGUGUGAUGUAACCCGACAUUCCCGGCUUAUCCACGGUGUAUGCAUGUACCUGUAUGGAGGAGACUUGUUGUUCUAAUAAUGCUUUAAUGUUAAAUAUACAACCCUGCUAGUGGGCCCAUUGUGCUCAGUACAGUGGUGACAGAACUCUACGCAUGGCUGCGCAGCACUGGAGAGAUUCACAAAUCCAGCGUUAUGAGCUUGGCCUUUUGUGUUAUUCUCUAUGGGGCUGUUCUAUUGCUUGCUGUGUGCAGCAUUGUGAGCCAUUGUGCUAUAAUGUAACCUUUGGGUAACACUACAGUCAGGCUAUGUGUCCAAUACUAAUAACAGCUCCUAAUUCCGAGGUGUACUGCAGGCUGCACUGAUUUCUGUACAGCCACACAUAUGCACCUAAAUAACCUAGUAUCUAGCUGUGCAGAAUUUGGAUUUUAUUCAUGUACAAUUAUUAUUAUGGAUUUGAAUCAAAAUGGAACCCAAUAACUAAUAGUCGAAUUUUAGUUUGAGUAUAACUGAGAAUACAGUAUUAACUCAUGCUGUAAAGGCGCAUUGCAAAGGGGUUUGGAUUCAGGCUUGGGAUUCAGAAUAGGCCUCCAGUACACAGAGGCCCAAACAGCCCCAAUAAAUAGUGACUGUCUAUGGCACCUUACAGCAACCCCUCUGGCAUUUGCCAGAACCCACAGAUUGCCAUUCCGGGCUGGGUAGAUCAGCUGAUAACCAGAACCAAAUCCCUUAAUUUAAUAAUGAUAGAGAAGCACCAUGCAUUUUUAAAAAGUGCUGUAGUUUAUAUGGUAACCUUUUUUAAUUAUGACUGAGCUGCCCUCUCCCUCAGUUCUAUAUAACUAAACUCCUUUUUAGUAUGGGAGGGUGCUGUACAGGGUCCAGUAGGGCCCACAUUUACAGAGCACACCAGAUAAGCUAUUUAGGGUACCAUAGUUUUAGUAGUCAAGUGGUGAUAUACAAUAGUCCGCGCAUUUAUGGCUCCCCACGCACCCACAGGAUGGAAACAUCCAAAAACUGGACUUUUGCUACCAAAUAAUUUUUUAUUUUCAGAACCGACAGGUCAGAUAUAUUGUAUAAACGUAUAUCCACCUCAGGAGCCUAUAUUGCAAUAUUAUUGUAGAAAAAAAAAAUUAAGGUUUUAAUGAUAGAAGACACCUGUAAUCAUGGGAAAAAUAGUGAAUGGGAUCCAGAAGGCAUUUUCACUAUAUUUCUUUAUUAUAUAUCCAUAUAAAUAUGGAUAUUUCCAGUUACUGUACUUUGGAAUACACCUCAGACCCAGCUCUUAUGGAGUUUUUAAGGGGAACAUGACCUUAAAAUUAGGGAUAACUGACAGUAGUGCAGUUGGUCUUUGUGUGCAGCUCUUUCAUGUAUGGCAGUUAAGAUGUUACUUGGUUUCUAAGGUCACACACCCUGGCAACAAACGUAGGAGAGGUCCUGAAAAAAAGAUUCUAGUCAUACAUUUAUUGGGACAUUUUAGGCCACUUCCUGACUACCCCAGUCAAAUGCAGUUCUGCCCAUAUUCCCUCCCUCCCCCACUUCACUGUAGGCCCCAAAGGACGGUAAUUACUUUGUGAAUUAAGCAUUUGCCAAUGUAUAGCUUGUUAUCCCACACACUUUGCUUUGGGAAUGGAGAUCAGUAUUACAGAGAAGCAAAGUCAUUUGUACAAACUGUUUGUUUCUAUGCAGACAAGGAAUUCUGACCAAAUAUACGUUUAGUGUCACCAUAGAGCUGUGUGCUGCUUGUCUAUCAUUUUGUCGUUGGAUCAUUAUUAUACUGCAUUUUGGAA